AUGCCAUCCUUCGACGUCGGGUUUGUCGAGACGGAAUCCCCCCACCCCACCAAACCCGAUGCAGAUGAAAGCAGCUCGUCGCCAACGUCGCUAUGGACAGAAGUCAAGUUGAACGUGGCGCUCGCAUUUCCCUUGAUCCUUUCGUCCAUGCUCAUGUUCAUUCCGUUCACGACGUCGACCGUCCUCGUCGGCCACCUCGAUUCGAACAGGACGAGCUCGUACAUCGCUGCGUCGUCGUUGUCUGUGCUGGUCAUGAACUUGACGGGGGUGUCUGUCGUGGUCGGGCUCCUCUCGGCGCUCGACACGCUUUGCCCCCAAGCCGUCGGUGCAGGCAAAUUGCACCACCUCGGCAUGUACUUUCAAAGCGGCCUCCUCGUCAUGAGCUUCGCAUGCAUCCCCAUUUUCAUUCUCAACUGGAACGUCGAAGCCAUUCUCCUCGCGCUGAACCAAGAGCCCGAGAUCGCCGCGUUGGCAGGCGAAUACAACAAGUAUGCGAUUCUCGGUUUGCCCGGCUUCAUUCUGUACGAGCUGAUGCAAAAAGGGCUCCAAGCGCAAGGCAUCGUCACUCAAAUGGUGGUACCACACGAGCAUGGGUAA